AUGGAUCGGAUUUCCGAUUUGCCGGAUGAUAUUCUUCAUCACAUUCUAUCACGCUUGUCCAUCAAAGAAGCCAGUGGAACCAUCCUACUGUCCAAGCGGUGGAACCACGUAUGGGCCACUCUCCAUUGUUUGAAUUUCGGGGAAAUCUCCGACUUGGGGAGAGACGAGAAGAAGAAGCUAGUGUCUUUUGUGGAUCAAAAUCUGAUGAACCGCAGGGAGAAGGGUAUAAGCAUUCACAGGUUCCGAAUGGGCAUUUGGGCCCACCAAGAAUUCCCAUAUCACGCGGAUCGCUGGAUUGGUUGGCUCGUUGAGUGCAAUAUAAAAGAGCUAGAACUGGAAUUGGCCUCCUGUGGAUUCUACGAUCUUCCUCGCACCGUAUUCGCUGCUAAAUCGCUUACUGUGCUGAGUUUGAGGUGCUGCUCCAUGCGCUUGCCUUGCGACGCUGAUCGUGCACUAUUCCCAUCCUUGCAGAAACUAUGUUUGCGUCAUGUUGUCGUCGAUGAUCGGCUGAUUCGAAGCCUUUCCAACAUCUGUCCCGGGCUAGAGGAUUUAAAAUUGGUUACCUGUUUUGGUUUAAGAAGCAUUAAGAUUUGGGGGCUGCCAAAACUCAGCAAGUUACACUUGGAACUAUCCUACCCACCUGAUUUCCUCAAGCCUGAGGUUGAGGUUAUAGGUUUGAAUAAUCUUCAAUCUUUUGUCUACAACGAAUGCCACGUACGCUGCCAAAAAGUCGACAUAGUGUCAUGUAGAUCCCUAAAGUCGUUAUCUUUAUCUUUUGCCAAGAUCUCGGACAAGUGGUUCCAUGAUCUGUUUCCUAAACUCCAUCUCCUUGAAACGUUGACCCUAUGGGACUGCUUUAGUUUGAAGAAAAUUCAUAUCUCCAGUUACACUCUUCGGCAUUUGGUGAUCAGUGGCUGUCUGAAACUAACUAAAGCCAGCAUGGACACUCCGAAUUUACUAAGUUUGGGGUAUGAGGGUCUAAUGGUUCCUAUCUCGUUGAAUGCUUCGGCUUCACUGCGAACCGACUUGUGUUUAAGUUUCAUUAAUGCUGACAAACAUGCAUGGGAUGAUGGAAUCAUUACUGAAUUUCUCAGCGUGUUUGAUCGGUCAGAAGUUGUGAAAAUUUUCACCCGCUCCCAUGAGUUGCUAUACGAAGAGUUAAAGGCGAGAGAUCCCCCCAUGAGAUGGGAGCGGCAUUGCGUGAAAGAUGUUAAGUUUGAGAAGUUAGACGCGGCUGAAUGCAAAAGGCGUGGGGGCGACUGGCUUCCUGGGUUUUGGAUGACGUUAGGCUUAUAA